AGUCCUGCCUGAGCUCAUGGUGGUGUGUGACUGUAGGUAGGGACCAGCGCCAUGGACAGUCCCCUCCUCAAGUACAGCGCCAAAGACUACUUCUUCAAGGCGGCUCUCUGCCACUUCUGCAUCGACAUGCUCAACGCCAAGCUUGCUGUUCAAAAGUAUGAGGAGCUCUUCCCGGCCUUCUCGGAUUCGAGGGAAUGCAAGCUGGUGAAAAAACUGCUGGAAGCCCACGAGGAACAGAAUGUGGACAGCUACACGGAAUCGGUGAAGGAAUAUGACUCCAUCUCAAGGCUGGACCAGUGGCUCACCACCAUGCUGCUGCGCAUCAAGAAGACGAUCCAGGGUGACGAGGAGGACCUGCGCUAGGCCUCCAGCCACUGCCUUCCACCCAUCUGUCAGUCAGAGGUGGGGCCCAACACCUCCCACCAGGAAUAUG